AUGUUCAAAAAACUCCUCGCAAAAGUUACCACCGUCCUGCACGUCCCCUCCCUCACGCCGCGGUCGAGCACCACAACCAAGGACAACCGGAACAGCAUAACCGCACCACAAGCAGGAGAGGACGCGACACCAAGGGCGAGUACGAGUUCAGGCACGAAGAGGGAGAAACGGCUCCUGAAAGAACAGGCGAAGCGGGAGAAGCGGGAGGAGAGGGAGAGGCGGAAGCAGCAGAAGAAUGCGAAGAAGGGGAAACGGAAGGAUGGGGGAGGGAAUGGAGAGGAGAGAGAGUCUGCUGUCGUGUCGGAUGUAGCCCCGCCAGUUUCAGCGACACAGGCGCCGGUAGAAACGGCACGGCCGCCUACACGACGGUUGUCGAAGCAGUUGCAAAGGAAAGGGUCUGCCUCUCCCAUCAAGACCGGCCCAGGGCCGCAGAACACGGGUGCGGUGGGAGGGAUGGUAGCAGCAUCACCCCCACGACCGAAAUACAACAUCGCGGAUUACACAUUCUCCAAACUACACAACGAGGUGGUUGCCAAAGUCCCUGGGGACAUCCCGAGCGGGUUUCCGUUUGCUAUCGAGGAUUGUGAGGACAGCAAUAUAUUCAUAUUCGAUGUCACGUCGCAGGUCACCGUUGACGCGUGCAAGCGGUGUUUCAUCGUCAUCGGGCCGUGUGAAGGGAGUGUGUUCAUCCGGGACUGCGAAGAAUGCGUUUUUGUUGUUGCGUGUCGGCAGUUCCGGGUGGCAGACAGCAGACAAUUGCGGAUAUCGUUGUACUCCGCGACACAGCCAGUGAUUGAGAACUCGAAGUUGAUUGCGUUUAGUUGUUUUCGGUAUGGGUAUAAGCAGCUGGGAGAUCAGUUCGCGCUCGCAAACCUGCCCACUCUCCUCAACGAGUGGAGCGACGUCUACGAUUUCACAGCAUCGAAGGGCAAGAACUGGGCACUAGACUCGCCGUUGGCGAAUGAAGAGUACCGCCCACCCCCACCCCCCGCCCAAUCCCUCGUCCACGUCUCUUUAGACAACACCGAUGUCGUACCCUGCACAUUAGGAAACCUUCCCCGGAAUCAAGCGGGGAGCAUGGUAUUCAUAUCCUUCCUCCCAGACCCCACGACCGCCGACAUCCUUCGUCGCCUGAAACAAAAAGUCACCAUCGUGCGGAUCCGCGAACGGAAAUACACACCUCCUGAUAUCAACCUCUUGUUCAGUCACCUGGAGGAUGGACAGCUGCUCAAAAUGGCUAAAGGAAAAGAUAGGUGUAUAGCAGCGGAACUCGAAGGCACGGAAACCAACGCGUUGCUGAUCUUGGAGUCGUCACGGCCGCCGUUGGGGGACGCGAUGGAUUUGUUGUACUUUUCGAGGAAUAGGGAGGCGGCGAAAAAGGAGUUGAGGGUUUUCUUUGGCGGGAGUGGGAAAUAG